UGCCAAGCGAGGCGGAAGGCCUAAAACAAACGAAACGGGCUGGCGAGGCGAGGCGAGAAUUAUCCAGUGAACCGUGUGCUUUGAUAGUGAGUGCAAAAUUCCAAUAAAAGUGGCCUGAAUAACUCAUCGCAAUGCAAUCACAGCAAUAAAGCGGAACUAAACCCAAGGAAACGCCCAAAGAAAUUCGUGAAAGAAAGGGAAAUCCUUCCCUGAAAAAAACCGACCCAGUAAACCGUUCCUUCUUUAUAAAAACAACAACAUGGUUGUAGUUCCCGCUCUGGGCGCCGCCGCCGUUUCCGUGGGCGGUCUGCUCUUCAAGGCGAGUGCCGCCUCCAAGGCGGCGGCAGCAGCGGGCGUGGCAGCGGCAGGUGCCUCCAAAUUGGGCCUGGCCAUCGCCGGUGCUAUCAAGCUGGCCACCGCUGUAAUUGGCGUUGGCAAACUGACCAUACUGCCAUUCCUGAUAGCGGCUAUUGCCUACUACAACUACGAUCUCUUCGAUCCGGAGAAUCGACCCUUCAAUGUGCAGCAGGUGGAGUUGGCCUACGAUUUCAUCAUCAUCGGUGGCGGUUCGGCGGGCACUGUUUUGGCCUCCAGACUCUCGGAGAUCCCGCACUGGAAGAUCCUGCUCCUGGAGGCCGGUGGCCAUGAGACGGAAAUCUCCGAUGUGCCGCUGCUGUCGCUCUAUUUGCAUAAAAGCAAAUUGGAUUGGAAGUACCGCACCCAACCACAGCCGACAGCUUGUCAGGCGAUGAAGGACAAGCGCUGCUGCUGGACGAGAGGAAAAGUGUUGGGCGGCAGUUCGGUGCUGAAUACAAUGCUCUACAUCAGGGGAAAUAAGCGAGACUUUGACCAGUGGGCAGAGUUUGGAAAUCCCGGUUGGGCAUACGAGGACAUUCUGCCCUACUUCCGGAAGUCGGAGGAUCAACGGAAUCCCUAUUUGGCCAGGAACAAGCGCUACCAUGGCACAGGUGGCCUUUGGACCGUCCAGGAUGCGCCGUACAACACGCCCAUUGGACCGGCAUUUCUGCAGGCUGGCGAGGAGAUGGGCUACGAUAUCGUGGACGUGAAUGGAGAACAACAGACGGGUUUCGGUUUCUAUCAGUUCAACAUGCGACGCGGUUCCCGCAGUUCCACGGCCAAAUCAUUUUUGCGACCAGCUCGUCUGCGACCCAAUCUUCAUGUGGCACUCUUUUCGCAUGUUACCAAGGUCCUAACCGAUCCACAAACGAAACGAGCCACUGGAGUUCAGUUUAUACGAGAUGGCAGACUGCAAAAUGUGUAUGCAACCAGGGAGGUGAUUCUGUCGGCAGGAGCCAUUGGAACGCCGCAUCUGAUGUUGCUAUCGGGUAUUGGACACGGCGAGGAGUUGAGCAGAGUGGGCAUACCGUUGGUGCAACAUCUGCCGGGCGUCGGACAGAAUCUACAGGAUCACAUUGCCGUUGGCGGCAUUGCCUUCCUCAUCGACUAUCCCAUUUCGAUUGUGAUGAAGCGUAUGGUUAAUAUCAAUACCGCACUGAGGUAUGCCAUCACCGAGGACGGCCCUCUGACCUCCAGCAUUGGCUUGGAGGCGGUGGCUUUUAUUAAUACGAAAUACGCCAAUGCCAGUGACGAUUGGCCGGAUAUGAACUUUAUGAUGACCUCGGCAUCGGUGAUGUCCGAUGGCGGUAGCCAGGUGAAGACGGCCCACGGCCUGACCGAUGAGUUCUACCAGGAGGUAUUCGGGGAGGUCAACAAUCGCGAUGUUUUUGGUAUUUUCCCCAUGAUGCUGAGACCGAAGAGCAGGGGCAGCAUAAAGCUGGCGUCGAAAAAUCCCCUCAGAUAUCCGUUGCUGUAUCACAACUACCUCACCCAUCCGGAUGAUGUCAAUGUGCUGAGGGAGGGCGUCAAGGCGGCGGUGGCCAUGGGUGAAACGCAGGCGAUGAAGAGAUUCGGAGCGCGAUUUUGGAACAAACCAGUGCCGAAUUGUAAGCACCUUAACCUGUACACCGAUGACUAUUGGAACUGCUUCAUCAGGCAGUACACGAUGACGAUCUACCACAUGAGUGGUACGGCCAAAAUGGGACCACCCACGGAUCCCUGGGCCGUGGUGGAUCCCCAGCUGAGGGUCUAUGGCAUACCCGGAUUGAGGGUUAUCGAUGCCAGCAUAAUGCCGGCCAUUACGAAUGGCAAUAUCCAUGCACCGGUGGUGAUGAUCGGUGAGAAGGGUGCGGAUAUGAUAAAGCAACUGUGGCUAACACCCACCACGGCGCCCGUGGGCGUUCAAGGUCAGGGGCCGAGUCCGCGUCAAGGUCACAAGACGAGCUCAGCGCCACCACCACGAACCCAGUGGCGGAGUAAACGAUCAUUGAACUCCACGGAAACGGAAACGGAAACAGAAACGGAAACGGAAAGCAGUGAAAACUUGGAUAUUGAAACAUCACCGGUACAGCAAUGGCCACUGCCAAGGUCGUAGCUAUUGAAAUUGAGUGGGGGUUUAAAUGGGGUCAAUCGGGUGCGGUGGGGUUCGUUGGGGUGUUUUUGGUUCAUCAGUUCGAGGGGGGGGUUAGCACAAAUUUCCGCCUUCUAAAUAAAUUUAAUUUAUUAAGCUCAACUUGCUCUUUCUCAUUCUCACAGUUACUCGCUCUCUAGCCAAAAUAAUACAAGAAUUACCCUUUUUUC